AGCUGGUCACGGCUCUGUCCCAUGCCCUGCCUCGGCUGGGCAGUGCCUGUUGGAGCCCCUUCACUUUGGCGCCUGGGAUGAUUGCUCCACUCACCCCUCCUUGCUAUGGCACUGCCGGGACACCAUUGUUAAAAGUGCAUGUGCGGCUUAGGGGGUGCUUUGUGAAGCUGCAAUUUAGAGAGUUCACACUGUGGCCACUCUGAAAACUUGGUCCACAGUGCUAUUGUCACUUACUAUCUGACAUGCAUCAAUAUGUACACAUUGAGUGUCUUGCCACUGUAUGUGUUUAUACUGCAUGCCUAAGAAGCUUCCUAUUACAUGUGGUGAUUCCCUUCUGUGUAUAUAUUUGCAUUCCUGGUUGUUUAUACAAAUCAUAACCAAGAGGCAAAGGGUAUCUCCUCCUACUCCAAGGACUUCAGAAGAUUUUUGAAAGCAGGAUUAGUCAUAAAAGGAAUGAAAACGUGCUUAGUCACAAAAUGAAUAUAAUCUUUUCCUGGGGUAACAUAGUUUUUGCUUGAAAUAUGCCUCAUUUAAGAAAGCACGUCUAAUCUUGUCUUGGCAUUUUUUUAUUUAUAGGUGCCCACACAUUUAAAAGCAGUGAAAAACAGCAUCAGUUCCCAGGAUGCACCCAGCCAUCAGCUUUAGUUCUCUUCUGCUUGUCAUCUCUUCUCUACCUAUAGAAUCAGCCGCAGUAUGUCCUGAGCAGGAUCCAGACCUUGAACCAUGGAACCCUGGACACAAUGAAGAUAAUCGUGUUGAAAUCAGUAAUGGCAAGAAGUUCCUUCUCUCUUCUUCUGCAACUGUCCACUCUAUCCACAUCACAAGUGGAGGAAAACUGGUCAUUAAGGACAACGUAGAGCCUAUUGUUUUGCGUACUCGACAUAUACUGAUUGAAAAUGAAGGAGAGAUGCAUAUUGGAAGUGAGAUAUGCCCAUACCAAAGUAAUGUGACCAUCAUCUUAUAUGGGCGAGCGGAUGAUGGCACCCAGCCUGACACUUACUUUGGGCAAAAGUUUAUUGGGGUCAAUGGAGGUGGAACUUUUGAGAUCCAUGGUGAAAAAAAAUUGUCCUGGACUUUCCUAAACAAGACCCUUCACCCUGGUGGCAUGCAAGAAGGUGGAUACUACUUUGAAAGGAGCUGGGGUCAUCGAGGCAUCAUUGUCCAUGUUAUUGACCCAAAGACAGGGGAAGUUGUCCAUUCAGAUCGGUUUGACACCUACAAAGUGAAAGGGGAAAGCUCACGUCUUGUCCAGUAUUUGAGUGAAGUUGCUAAUGGCAUGAUCCUCUCAGUCGCAGUGAAUGAUGAAGGAUCUAGAAACUUAGAUGACUCAGCCAGGAAAGCAAUGACCAAACUGGGCAGCAAGCAUUUCCUCCACCUUGGGUUUAGGCAUCCGUGGAGUUUUAUUACAGUUAAAGGAAACCCUUCUGCUUCUGUUGAAGACCACCUUGAAUAUCCAGGACAGAGGAGGUCAGCCAUGGCCAAAGUAUUCAAACUAUUCCAGGCUGAAAACGGAGAGCAUUUUAAUGUGUCUUCAACCAGUGAGUGGGUUCAAGACUUAGAGUGGACGAAGUGGUUUGAGAAGCCUGAAAAGGCAAGAUCCAAAGACAUGGAGAAACUUUCUGACUUCAAGGCAGCCUAUCCAAAUGAAAUCUGUAGUCACCCCCUUGAUAUCCAGGCAGUUACGCUUGAUGGAGCUAAUUUAACCACUGAGGUUUUCUAUAAAAAUGGCCAUGAUUAUAGGUUUAUAUGCCAUGGGAAGAACCAGACAAAUGAAGGGUGCCGAAACUACAAAGUACGGUUCUUGUGCAGCAAAUCUGUGAGACCAAAGCUUACGGUAACCGUUGAUACCAAUGUGAACAGCAUAAUCUUGACUCUGGUAGAUGAUGUGCGAUCAUGGAAGCCUGGAGACAGGCUUGUUGUUGCCAGCACAGAUUACUCUAUGUACCAGGCUGAAGAGUUCCAGGUAUUACCAUGCAGAGCCUGCAAACCUAACCAGGUCAAAGUAGCAGGAAAAGCAACAUACCUUCACAUAGGAGAAGUUGUCGACGGAGUUGACAUGAGAGCAGAAGUGGGACUGCUAAGCCGAAACAUAGUGGUUCUCGGGGAGACAGAGAAGCAAUGUUAUGAAUACAGCAACAAGUUAUGCUCCUUCUUUGAUUUUGACACCUUUGGGGGGCACAUCAAGGUUGCUGUUGGAUUUAAGGCUGUCCAUAUAGAAGGUUUAGAAUUGAUACAUAUGGGCCAGCAGACAAUGGGGCACUACCCGAUUCACUUCCACAUGGCUGGAGAUGUGGAUGAAAAAGGAGGCUACCACCCGCCAAGCUAUGUUAAGGAUGUCUCUGUUCACCAUGCCUUCUCACGUUGUAUCACAGUCCAUGGCUCCAAUGGCUUGCUGGUUAAGGAUGUUGUGGGCUAUAACACCCUGGGACACUGUUUCUUUACUGAGGAUGGGCCAGAGGAACGCAACACAUUUGAUCAUUGUCUUGGACUGCUUAUUAAGCCUAGCACUCUAUUACCAUCUGACCGAGACAGUAAAAUGUGCAAGAUGAUUACAGAAGGGGCUUAUCCAGGAUAUAUCCCCAAACCCAGGCAGGAUUGCAGUGCUGUUUCCACCUUCUGGAUCGCCAACCCACACAACAACCUCAUCAACUGUGCAGCUGCAGGAUCUGAAGAAACAGGAUUUUGGUUUGUUUUGCACCAUGUGCCCACGGGGCCCUCUGCAGGGAUGUAUUCCCCAGGCUACUCGGAGCACGUUCCAAUGGGGAAAUUCUACAACAAUCGGGCACAUUCCAACAACCGAGCUGGAAUGAUGAUUGAUAAUGGGGUCAAAACCACACCAGCAUCGGCUAAGGACAAAAGGCCUAUCCUGACGAUGAUUUCUGGCAGGUAUAGCCCGCACAAAGAUGCCGACCCUUUGAAGCCGAGAGAGCCUGCCAUAAUUAAACACUUUAUUGCCUACAAGAACCAGGAUCACGGGGCCUGGCUGAGGGGUGGAGAUGUGUGGCUGGAUAACUGCCAGUUUGCGGACAAUGGCAUUGGCCUGACCUUGGCUAGCGGUGGAACAUUUCCGCACGACGAUGGCUCAAAGCAAGAAAUAAAGAAUAGUCUCUUUGUCGGUGAAAGUGAAAACCUGGGAACAGAGACCAUGGACAAUGAAAUCUGGGGACCUGGUGGCCUGGAUCACAGAGGGAGGACCCUCCCUAUAGGCCAGGAUUUCCCCAUUCGUGGGAUUCAGUUCUACGACGGGCCAAUCAGCGUUGAGAACUGCACCUUCCGCAAGUUUGCUGCACUGGAGGGCCGUCACACGAGUGCCCUGGCCUUCCGCCUCAACAAUGCCUGGCAGAGCUGCCCCAACAACAAUGUCACAAACAUUAUCUUUGAAGAUGUCCCGAUUACCUCAAGAGUGUUCUUUGGAGAACCCGGUCCUUGGUUCAAUAAACUGAAUAUGGAUGGUGACAAAACAUCAGUUUUUCACGAUGUAGAUGGAUCUGUGUCACAGUACCCUGGUUCAUACCUGAUAAAGGAAGAUAACUGGUUAAUCAAACACCCAGACUGUAUUGAUGUACCAGACUGGAGGGGUUCAAUCUGCAGUGGACACUAUGCCCAGAUAUACAUCCAGGCCUACAAGCCAGCCAACUUGCAAAUGAAAAUCAUAAAGAAUGACUGCCCUGAUCGUCCUCUUUCCUUGGAGGGGGCUUUAAGCAAAAGCACUCAUUACCAGCAGUACCAGCCAGUUAUAACCCUGAGGAAAGGUUACACCGUGCACUGGGACAAGGCAGCCCCCGAGGAACUGACAAUAUGGCUCAUCAACUUCAACAAGAACGACUGGAUUCAAGUAGGGUUUUGCUACCCUAAAAAAACAACGUUUUCCAUCCUCUCAGACAUCCACAAUCGUCUCUUGAAACAAACAUACAAAACAGGCACCUUCUACAGGACCCUGCAGAUGGACAAACUGGAAUACAGAUACCCUACCAAGGGAUACUACUACUGGGAUGAGGACACUGGGUUGCUGUUUCUGAAACUGAAAGCGCAGAAUGAGAAGGACAAGUUUGCCUUUUGCUCUGUCAAAGGCUGUGAAAGAAUAAGGAUCAAAGCAGUUAUCCCCAAGAAUGCUGGAAUCAGUGACUGUACAGCUAUGGCCUAUCCCAAAUACAUUGAGACACCAAUAGUAGAUGUGCCAAUGCCUAAGAAGUUACCCAACACUGGGCUGAUGUAUAAAGACCAUUUCCUAGAGGUGAAAAUAGAAACCUACACAACAAGAUACUUCCACCUGACAGAUGACUUCGCAUAUAUCGAGGCUGAUGGCAAGAAGAUUUUCCUCACUGAGGAUGGAAUCCAAGUAGUUGUGAUUGAAGGGCAAAAUGGAAAAGUUGUCAACCAAAAAAGUUUCAAAAACGCUAUUCUCCAGGGAAUCCCAGCACAGAUAGACCAGUAUGUCACCAACAUCAAAGACAAUUCUAUAGUGCUGAUGACCUCAAAGGGAAGAUACCUUUCCAAAGGACCAUGGAUUAAAGUACUGGAAAAGCUUGGAGCUGAGAGAGGUUUAAAGUUAAAAGAUAAAAUGGCGUUCAUUGGAUUCAAAGGCAGCUUUCGGCCAAUCUGGGUGAAACUCGUCACUGAGGAGAAUGCAGCCAAAAUCUUUCAAGCUGUGCCAGUCCCUGUGGUGAAGAAAAUGAAGUUAUGAAGACACCACGCUUUGCCUUCUGACUCCUAGCACUGCCCCUUUAGAACAGGACUACUGACUCUGCCUCCGACAGACACACUGCCACCACUCUCCAGGGACGAUGUAUUUUUUUUUUAUUGCUGUACUUAGAGAAAUGUUAUUGUAAGUGGUGGAGUGGUCACAUGUGACAAAGAGCAUUCCUUGUGCUGGAUAUUGUGUGUGAUCAUAAGCAGCCUGACCUGAUAAUCUGCUCCCUGAGAGCAGGUUCACCUUUAUUUUUCUAAGCUCAGUAUCUGGGACAAGAUAAGUUCGUCUGUUGUUUUCACAGGUGUUGCGUUUUAGUGGUCUCCUCCGACUCCACACACUCCAACUACGUUC